AUGGCCUGAGUAAGUGAAUAUUUUUGGGGCAUGGAUGGUGAUCGCCCAUCUUGAAAUCUUUUUCAUGCGGCUGAUGGGGGUUCGGGGCGGUGUCCUACUAUCCCGUCUCCGAUCACGAAACCCCAGGUCACGAUUCCCGGUCUCCUCGCGGUUACUUCACCCACUCCCGGUGACGGGACUCCUUUUGCAUCUCGAGACCUCAUGACUCCCUCGGCGACCUCGGUCCUCCUGGUAAACGCCGUCGCAUCUGGCCUCAGGGCUCAAGCGCCGGAGGAGAGGGAGAAAGGCCCCUCGAAAGGGAGAAGCCAUGAUCUUUGUCGACGGCCUCCCCUACCCCGCCCCCGGGUCCCAAUCUCGGGGACAGGGGAGAGAACUAUUGGCCUCCUUGCUGGAUCACCCGGCUUUGAUCUCCGCCUCGAAUCGCCUUAAAGCGACGCCGGAGAGGAAGGUCUCCGUCUCCGAUCAGUCGCCUCCCGUCAAGCACGUCUACGUGUUCCAGAGGGAGUACGCGACUGUCGAUCCCGCCGCCGUCGAGUUGGUCGGCAUGGAUGAGGCCACUACAUGCGUGGGCCUUGUGAUUCGCAACCGGAAUAAUGGAAUGACCUCCAUUAGCCAUAUGGACUUUCCAAAGGUUGUCGAUAAAGGCCUCAUCCAAAUGUUAUCAUUAGUUGCUGAUCAUGAAGCUAUCUUGGAUGUUCACCUGAUCGGUGCCUUCAAUGACGCGUCAAAUGAACAUGACAAUGAUAUUCCUGGAUCAGAAGGACUUCGGGAACAGGACGGUUACUCGAUGUGCUUAUGUUCCAAAAUAAUUGAUGCUUUGCAUAAUAGUCAUGAAAACUUUCAUCUCCAGACUCUGUGUGUUCUUGAGCAUAACACCAAACGUGAUUCAAAUGGAAAUGCUUGCCCAAUUAUCAGUGGCAUUGUGGUAAACACUUUGUCUGGGUCAAUCAUGCCUGCCAGCUUCGCUAGAAGUUCAAGAUGCCCGGACGAAAUUGUCAGGAGGAUUCGAGUGACUGUAUCUUCCGAAGAUUCUAGUUGGAAAGGAAGGUUACUGAAGACAUAUGAUACCUUUGAUGAUAAAUUUCACAUUGCCCCUUGCUAUUGGUUGUCGGACUGGGGCCAAAUUGCUUUUUCACUGCAGCAACUUUCUGAUUCUGAAAUCCUCUUGAGAUGCUCUACCUCACCUUCUGCAGAGAGUCCUGAUUUUGUUGAGAAUGAAAGAAGUAUAUGGAGCUACUUGAUCCAGUAUCCAGAUUGGAGACAAACAUUUGUAGGAGGGAAACCACGGGUAUUCAAGAGGACCAGCAAUGGAGGAUGGCAAAGGUGUGAGUAACACAUCUUGUUUACUAAAAGGAUUUUUUUGAGCCCUUUGUCCCAAUGAUUGCCAAAAGAAUAUUUGUUCCGUCAAUCUAACAGUUUCACAUCAAAAACUUGCUCAAGAGUGGCAUUUUAAUUAGUCAAUCGAUGCCAUCUAUCACUUCUUUAAUAACAUUAACAUUCUCUCCUUAAGUAGAUCUAUUGCCAAGAUUAUGAUUUGAAUAUUAAAAUCUGGUUGCCUGAAGCAGGAAUUGAAGCCUGAGGGAAGCUUUACCUAUUAGUGCUGGAAAAAUAAUGUUCAUAGGACAAGUAGGAUGAGCUAAUAUUCGUUGCUGCAAUGGUAACGAGAAACUUAAGCGGUUUAACAAAGAAAGGUAUUCUGGGAAUGUUUAGAAGACAAAUUCAACUGGUCUUCAUACUGGGUUUGGCAACCAUUGGCAUUUGCAGAACUAAAAGAACAAAUACAGGUGCAAAUUUCAGAUCCAGGGGCUCUGGAGACAAGUCCAUAAUUGUUAAUCGGUCAUUUCUAGAUUACUGGAGUUUUAAGAUAUUGUUGCACAUGCCAUGUUAUAAUACUAGUCACUUUCAGUCCUAUGAUCUGAUUAACUAUGAGCAUUUUAGAAACCAUAUUGUUGCAUUGGUGGUUCGCCAAGGCUUCUCAGUU